AUGGGUGAAGAAGAAAGUCCACAAAUUACCAGAAGAACCACAAGAGCAUCCUCUUCCAACCCCAAUUUGAACAGUGCAGCUGAAACAGUACUUCAUAAUUGCAAUUCCCAACCUCUAACACACAAUGACCUCGUAUAUGGAGAUGAACCCAUAAGCUUUGAUGAUUUGAUUUGUAGUUUUCCUGGUAGGCGAAUUCAAAUCCUUGAAUUACUGCAGCUCUUGGGUCCCUUGAAUUCUCCAGUGAUUCCUUUAUUUAUUUAUGGAGGGGCAUGCAGAGGGAAAACAAGCACAGUUCUUCAGAUUUUCAGACACCUGAAUCGACCAUUUGUGUAUUCGAGUUGUCUUACCUGUUACAGUCCUCGAAUAUUAUUCGAGUCUAUCUUGAACCAACUCUUGCUUCAUAGGAAACAUGAAGGCAAUGGUUAUUCAAGUGCAAAGCGCUGUGAAAGGCCUUCUGAAUUUGUUAAUUUAUUAAGGGAAGCAUUGGGAAAUAUAAUUAAUAGUCUGAAGGGGAAUAUGGGAAAAUCUAACUCAAAGAAGCUAGUGGGACAAGCGAAAGGGCAGAUUAUCUAUUUGAUAUUCGAUAAUUUGGAGCUUGUUCGGGACUGGGAAAAGAGUUCUAAUAUAUUGCCUUUUCUGUUUAUGCUCUAUGAUAUUAUGAAGAUGCCUGAGGUGGGUCUCAUUUUUAUAAGUAACACCUCGCCGGACACAUAUUACUUCAACACAGGGUAUACAGAGCCUGUCCCUCUUUAUUUUCCUGAAUACACAGAAGAUGAUCUUCGCCAAAUCUUGAUGAGAAAUCAAUGCAACCCAAAACUUUAUUCCUCAUUUCUCGAUGUGCUACUGAGGCCUUUCUCUCGAAUUACAAGACGUGUUGAUGAAUUAUCUACUGCCUUUCCAGCAUUAUUUAAAAAAUAUUGUGAACCAUUGAGUGACUUGGGCAUUUUUCCUAAUGAAAAAAUGAAAAGAAUGUUGUUUAGUCAUCUUCAGCCACAUAUUGCGCCUUCCCUGAAUGAGAUUUUUAGGGUUGAAGCUGGACAUAACAAGGACAAAGCCAAGGGAAAGGGCAAUGCAAGGAAAGCGGAGGGAGUUUCUGAAGCCUCUGAUGAGGUAGAGUUUCAUAUGUCCACUUCUGCAAAGUAUCUUCUUAUAUCUGCAUUCCUUGCUUCGAGAAACCCUGCUACUCUUGAUGCCUCUCUGUUUGAUUCUACUGGGGGUUCUGAUAAUCGAAAAAGAAAGAGGAAGUAA